GAGAGGGUACAUAAAUGGAGCACUGCAGUGUGGGGAACAGACUGGAAGCAGAGUCAUCACCAAAAAGCUGAUGCCCUCUGCGGAGCUGCGUGGGCCUUGGGUGGAUUGAACCUUCUGGUGACCAAGUACCUGCCUGCAUUGCUUGCAGUGGUAGGACUUGAGAAAUACUUCUGAGGAGGUGACGCUUUGGCUUUGCUUUCAGUUUAGCCAGGCUUUAGCUGCCCUGAUGCUGCUCUCUGGAGCCCAUUACCUUCUUUCCUUCCUUCCUGCCUCCUUCCCUCCCUUCCUCACUCAUCCCUCCUUCCCCUACAUUACUGAGUAUAGGCAUGGUGAUAAGCCUAUGGAAACUGAAGAGCUGGCUUCCUUGUCUGCAAGGGUGGAGGAGACCAAACCAAGCCUUGUCUUUUCCAAGAAUACAAACUCACCUUUGUAUUCAUCUAUUAAAAGAGGUACAGCCCAAUGUGCUGCUUGUGCUACAAGCACUAUCAAAAACUCCGUUUUGUCCAGAAGACAAAACCUGUGUCCCAUCUUACAUGCCUUUCCCAAAUAAACAGAGAAGAAGCUUCUGAUAAAUGCACCUAUUUUUGUGGGCCUUAGGUCAUUGGAAGUUUGGGCCAGAGUGAUGUCCUGAAGGUUCUCUGAUAUUACUGAUCCAUGAGAAUGUAAAAGGGCAUGGUUAGAGAGGAAGAUAGAAGAAGGGGAGGAGAUGUCAGUCUGCGUGGUGAGCAGCAUGCCCAUGCUCUCAUGGUGGGUAGAGGAGAUGCCUUGCACAGUAUGGAAAUCCUUGAGAGUGGUGGUGAUGAUGGCUUUUGUGUGCUUGCAGGCUACUAUGAUUGAGUCCCCUGCCUUGGGAGCAAUUGAGAGAAGUUUGCUUCCACCAAACUGUGGGUUUUGGUGGGUUUUUUAAAGUUGGCCUUGAAUAAAUCCUCUAGCAGCUGAAGAGAGGUGGCAGCUGGAGGGUGGGAAAUGAAGCACUGUCUCUGGAGGAGGGGAACACUGGAGCUAGCCAGACUCAGCUCCUUCCGCUCAGGCCUUUGUGUGCUGAGCUACUGCCACUGAAAGUGUUGCAGCACCUUCCACCCAUGACUUUUAACAGACUGCUGCAAUGUCCAGGCAGACCAUUGAGCUUUGAGAGCUGGGCAGGGAAAGCAUGAGCUUUCCAUAAAGCUCUUUCUCCCAUGAGAAGGAAGUUCUGCUUAGGACAGAUGGGAUGAUCUUCCUAACUCUCCUCUGCCCUGCUCCAGCCUCUCCCAGCUUCCAGCUCUCCCAGACCUCUUCUACCAAAUUCUCCUGCCGUGGUUUUACUGGCCUGGUCGAUUUUCCUCUGUAGGACUCACAAGGGCUUUAUUUCAAUUUGCUACAAAUUUGGUGGGACUGAUACCUCAGUAGAGUGGUUCCUGUGUGGAAACCAGGUGGAUCAGCAUCAGGAGAAUGGUAGGGGUAAUGGAGGUGCCAGGGCUGAUUGGCACCUCGGAGUGCACAGGCGUUCUGCUUAGUGGAGUGCAGGGAAUGCAGAGGGUCCUGGCUAGGCGGUGACACCUUCCCUGCCAUUGCAGCCCUCUGGGCUGAGCUGUGAGACUCGUGGAGCAGUAAAGCUAUGGGGAGCAACACUACCACACGCCUCUGGUAGCAUUGCCAUGUCUCCCACUCCCUGCUUCAGCCCUCUAUCCCUUGCUUCCCACUGUCCCCUUGCCCUGACAGCCACAGCGUGGCCUGGGACUCAUGGGGGAGCUUACUUAAUCCCUGGUCUCUGUGUUAACAGCCACCAUCCGGAUGCAAUGGAAAGCUUUUUCAGGCGGCACUUUGGGCGGAAGGGGCUGCGGCGCAGCAGCGUGGUGGCUGUGCCCACGGGCAAGGCCAGGCGGCGCUCCCAGGUGGGGCUGCCCUCCGCCUCGCUGGCCCAGUGCCGCCGCGGCUCAGGCACCGCAGCGGCAUCCCUCUCCUGCCUGGGGCUGGUCCGGCGUCCCGGCACGCGUCGCCGCUCCAGCACCACGCCGCCCUGCCUCAGCCCCAGGUUUGCCGUGCAGAAGAAGGGCGGAGGCCAGGCACAAGCCAUUGAUGCCCAGCUGCUGGGUCCCACUGUCCUCCUGGCUAGCCUCCUUCCCACGGGGGAGGAGGGGGACGGGGCUCACUGCACUGACAGCUCCACAUCUGAGUCUCCAGAGGACGGUGGUGCAGCAGCAGGAGCUGAGCAGGGUCAGCACGAGCAUAGCGCUGAGGAGACGUGGUUGGCCAUGCUGCCCCAGCUGCGGCCGCUGCAGGCAGGGCUGCUGUCGCGGGGCCCCCGCUGCCUGCGGCGCGCCUCCUCCCACCGCCUGCCCACCGAGGCCCUGCACGGCCGGGCUGCCUACGGCCUGCCAGGCCGCUACCGCCGCCUCAGCCAGCGCCGGCGCUCCAGCGAUGCCCCUCAGCCUGGGCCGCUCCCCUCUGGCCACCCCCGGCGGCUGGCCCAGCGCUGUGCAGGAGUGGCUGGAACCAAGUGCCCCUCUGCCACCCUCGUCAAGGGUUUGGGACCGGAGCCCACUGGCCACACCACCCCGGACGGCUGGAGCCCCCGGCUGCUGAAAGCUAUUGCUAAAUCCAGUCUCCAACACAUGGUAGCCCAGCCAAACCCAGCACUAGCCAUGAGGAGCGACUCGGAGAGGCAGAUACGCAGCACUGUGGAUUGGAGCGAGGCUGCGGUCUAUGGGGAGCACAUCUGGUUUGAGACCAAUGUCUCUGGGGACUUUUGCUACGUUGGGGAACAGAACUGCAUGGCAAAGCUUCUGCAAAAACCUCUCUCCAGGCGCAAGUGUGCAGCCUGCAAGAUCGUAGUGCAUACACCCUGCAUCGAACAGCUGGAGAAAAUAAAUUUUCGCUGCAAGCCUUCCUUCAGGGAGUCAGGAUCCCGGAACAUACGGGAGCCCAUUGUUGUCCGACAUCACUGGGUGCACCGGAGGCGGCAGGAAGGGAAGUGCCGGCAGUGUGGCAAGGGUUUUCAGCAGAAGUUUGCCUUCCACAGCAAAGAGAUUGUAGCCAUCAGCUGUUCCUGGUGCAAACAAGCGUAUCACAGCAAAGUAUCGUGUUUCAUGCUGCAACACAUUGAAGAGCCCUGCUCACUGGGGGCUCACGCUGCUGUCGUCGUUCCUCCCACCUGGAUUCUGCGGGUCCGGCGGCCCCAGAAUCCACUGAAGUCUAGUAAAAAAAAGAAGAGGACAUCAUUCAAGCGGAAAUCCAGCAAAAAGGGGGCUGAGGAAGGGAGAUGGAAACCCUUUGUCAUCAAGCCCAUGCCAGCUCCUCUCAUGAAGCCCUUGCUGGUGUUUGUGAACCCCAAGAGUGGUGGGAAUCAGGGAGCCAAGAUCAUCCAGUCCUUCAUGUGGUAUCUCAACCCACGGCAGGUUUUCGACCUCAGCCAGGGUGGACCCAAGGAGGCGUUGGAGCUGUACCGCAAAGUCCACAACCUCCGGAUCCUGGCGUGCGGGGGAGAUGGCACGGUGGGCUGGAUACUCUCCAUUCUGGACCAGUUACGCAUCAACCCACCUCCUCCUGUGGCCAUCCUACCUUUGGGGACAGGGAACGACUUGGCCAGAACACUGAACUGGGGUGGGGGUUACACAGAUGAGCCUCUGUCCAAGAUCCUAUCACACGUUGAAGAUGGGAACAUAGUACAGCUUGAUCGCUGGAACCUCCAUGUGGAGCCAAACCCUGACACAAGCCCUGAGGAAAAGGAUGAGGCAGCUGCUGACAAGCUCCCUUUGGAUGUCUUUAAUAAUUACUUCAGCCUUGGCUUUGACGCACGGGUGACGCUGGAGUUCCACGAAUCUCGAGAGGCCAACCCAGAGAAGUUCAACAGCCGGUUUCGGAAUAAAAUGUUCUAUGCUGGGACGGCCUUCUCCGACUUCCUCACCGGGAGCUCCAAAGACUUGGCGAAGCAUGUCAGGCUGGUUUGUGAUGGGAUAGACCUGACCUCCAAGAUUCAGGACCUGAAGCCCCAGUGCCUGGUCUUCCUUAACAUCCCAAGGUACUGUGCAGGCACCAUGCCCUGGGGCAACCCUGGGGAGCACCAUGACUUCGAGCCCCAGCGCCAUGAUGAUGGCUGCAUUGAAGUUAUCGGCUUCACCAUGACAUCACUGGCUGCCUUGCAAGUCGGUGGCCAUGGGGAGCGGCUCUGUCAGUGCCGGCAGGUGGUUCUCACCACAUCCAAGGCCAUCCCCAUGCAGGUAGAUGGAGAGCCCUGCAAGCUGGCAGCUUCCUGCAUCCACAUCUCUCUGCGCAACCAAGCCAACAUGCUGCAGAAGACCAAGCGGCGCAACUCCAUGCCUCUGCUCAAUGACCAGCAGCCAGUGCCCGAGCGGCUGCGGAUCCGGGUGAGCCGCAUCAGCAUGCGCGACUAUGAGGCACUGAACUAUGACAAGGAAAAGCUCAAGGAAGCCUCUGUGCCACUGGGGAUCAUCGUGGUUCCAGGAGACAGUGAUCUGGAGUUGUGCCGGACUCAGAUUGAGAAGCUACAGGAGGAUUUCCCUGCACAGCCCUCUGCUUUAGAGCGCCUGCUCUUCCAGGAGGGAGAUGGAGCCAAGCCGAAGACAGUGUCAUUCCAGAGGCUGUCACCCAAGUGGUGCUUCCUGGACUCAACCACGGCCGAUCGGUUCUACAGGAUAGACCGCGCACAGGAACAUCUAAACUAUGUGACAGAGAUCUCUCAGGAUGAGCUCUAUGUCUUGGACCCAGAGCUAGUGGUCACUCAGACUGUGAGCACUUCUCCUGCCAUGCCUGACCUCGUGGACUCAUCUGCCACACCCCCUGGGCACCAUUUUGCAUUUCCUUCCUGUUCCUCCUCUCCAUCCUCCUCUCCUGCCCCCAGCGCUGAGCCUGAGCACUGCCUUCCACAUAAAGAUGACCUUCUGAUAGAAGCUGCCAAGAGUGGCAACUUCAGCAAGUUCCAAGAGCUGCACCAAGCUGGAAGAGACCUGAUGGUGCGAGAUUCCUCGGGCCAGACUGUCCUCCACCAUGCUGUCAAAUCAGGAAGCAAGGACAUCGUCAAAUACAUCAUCGAGAAUGCUCCUUCAGAGAUCCUUGAUGCCACAGAGGAGGAGAACGGUGAAACCAGCUUGCACCAGGCUGCAGCCUUACGCCAGCGCACUAUCUGCCACUACAUCGUGGAGGCUGGGGCCUCGCUCAUGAAGACAGACCUGCAGGGAGACACCCCGAAGCACCGUGCUGAGAAGGCCAACGACCCCGACUUAGCUGCCUACCUCGAGAACCGACAGCACUACCAGAUGAUCCAGCGGGAGGACCAGGAGACAGCUGUGUAGUGCUUGGCGUGCCUUAGCCCGAGCCAGCUCUUUCAGGAUGAGAAGAGUACAAUGCCAACUGCAGAGCUGUGUCUGGCCCAACCCUCCCCAGAUGCCAGCCUGCUCCCUGGAGAUGGACACAGAAGAGCUCUGCCCCAGGUGGGCUGGAACUCUGUUUAUGAGGACAAUGGAUAUUUCAGACUUGAAGCCUGAUUCUUUGUGUGUGCCCUUCACCUCUCAUUCACCACAUUCCCUGCCCUAGGUGGGCUCUAUCCUCCAGCCAUGUUGGAGCAGGCCAGGCUGAAGCCUCCAGUCACCCUUGUUCAUAGGAGUAAUUCCAGUGCCCCCUCCACAGGCUCCUACCUAUAAUCCUUACGGGAUAUCAUUGCUCAGUCCUUCUCUCUGCUGGCAGUGCCCCUCUUUUAGGUGCUUGGCUAGGUUUGUGUCCUGUUCCUCCUCUCCUGUCUGGCACAGCUGUGGGAGGCACAGGCUGCAGAGGCUGUGAGCCACAGACUGCCCCAAAGGAAGCACCACAACUUACUGGCCCUGCUUUCUUCUCCCUCCUGGGGCUGCACCAGAUCUCUGUGUUGCCCUACCCAGAGCCUUCUGCAGCAGGAGGGAAGUCACUUGUGCAUCCAGACUUUCCUCAGAGUAUCUGGGUCUGGUGCAGCUGGAAGUAGAGCAGCAGGUGCUCUCCUGAUGGACCUUUAGUUCUCAGUCAGCAGUCUGACUCAGGGCUGGGAUGGCAUGGAGGAAGGCUACCAAACCCUCUCACCACGCUUCUCUCCACGGGGCUGGGUGGAACAGUUUGCACACCCACUCUGCUGAGCAUCUCUUUGUGAGCCAGCUGCAGGAUGGUGGAGAGCUGCACUCAGCUGGUGCAGUGGCAGCUGUGAUGUCUGUUGUAUUUCCCAAGUGCUGAGUUAGAUUCAGCUGCCCUCCUUGCUUCAGUUUCCCCCUCAAUGCUAGUCUUUGCAUGAGGCUGGAUGGGCAGUGCUGGGGUCAGUGCUGCUCUCAGGGAUCCCCUCCUGCCCCCCAACCUGGCAACAUGCAUCCUCUUAGGCUGACUCCUGCUAUUCCCCAGACUAGGCACAGGGCUUUGCAGGGAGCUGACCAACCCGCCUGGGUAGACCAUGAACCCGCCCUCUCCAGUUUUAGUAGAAAGAAGGAUUUGGAUUCCCAGGAACCAUCAGGGCUCCUAGCCCUGAGUCAUGCCUACAGUGGGAUGGAGUUUCACAAAUCACCUGCCAUGGGGCAUGAGGCACCACAAUCCAUCUCCCCUGUAGAUGCUGUGAGCACUUGAUGCCAAGACAUCAAGCCAGGCCUUAAGCAAGGCUUUUGCAGAACUGAGUCUCUGAGACCAGGAGGUGCCCACAGAGGAGGAAAGCUGAUGGCUCUGAGCCUAGCAGACCUGCUUGGCACUUUUGGGUCGGCAGUGGUUUUGAAGGGGGUUGCUGUUCACAUCUUUGCUCUAGGAGAGGAUACUGCUGCUGCCAUGCGAGGUCUGUGCAGUCCCUCUGCACUGACAUGCAGCUGUGCCCACUGGGUCAUGCUGGGUGGCACUGUUUGACUCCCUCCAAGUACCAAGAAAAGGGUAUGAGGACACUGUAGGGAACCAGAAUACCCUUCCGACUUUUUGUCCAGGGGCAGGGUUUCCUUGAAGGAUGGGGAUGCUGUACUGGGGAGCAGAGGCACAGGGCAGUGCAGGGUGCCCAGGGGCCAGUGUCAGUGUUGGCAAAUAAUAAUGAUAGUGUACUAAUGCAUUGACAACUGGGACACUCCAGAAGUGCCUGGAGUUCUCAGCAGCACUGCUGGCAGGCCACUAAUAGACAAGGCACUGUCACUUCUCAGAGGUCCACACCACAGGAUGCCCACCUUGGCCCAGAGGCAUUUAAGCCUCAGCUUUUCCCUUUCUCCUUUAUAGUUUUUUGUACAGGUAGUUGAGAGACACACUGUCCCCCUCCCUGCCUAGCCCCUCCAUGCACCUGUGAGCUGAGUUGCUGUGCAAUUCCAAGCCUGCUUAUAUUUUGGUGAAGAAGGAGGGGGUGUUGGUUUCCCUGCUCCCUAAGGGCAGGGGUUCUGUGCAAUACCUGGGUGUGUGUUUCUUAGACACUGUUGUAGGAUUGUAUUUUUGUAAUUAUGUGAGGGUGCUGGCUCCAGCUGGCCCAGGGCCUGGCAUGAGCCUGUAUUCCCAUUGCUUUUCAACUUUGACUGUUUGGAUGUUGUUGUUUCUUGCCAUUGUAAUAAAGAGAUUGAUGUUUUA